AUGACGCCUUCGCUCUGGUCAAGCUACAGACAGGGCCAUCCCAUUCUCACCCUGUUUGUGCUCUUUGUCGCUUGGAAGUCGGUGAUAAUCCUCAUCACCUUGGCCGCCCCUGGCGUCGGAUACGACACGUCCACAAGCCUCCUGGACUGGGAAGAUGGAGGUCAGCAAACCAUAUCAGACACCCCAGACGACAUGUCAAACUGGUGGAUGAAGCUUGUUCGAUGGGAUGCUAUAUAUUACACGCACCUAUCGGACCAAGGACAUGUUUUUGAGCAGGAAUGGGCGUUUGGCAUUGACCUCUCCCAGCUGGGAAUCGCCGGAGGGCCAUCAUCAUCCUUGGCCGGAAUCAUUUUAUCGCACAUAGCCCAUUGGCUGUCAGUUAUCCAGCUAUGGGCAUUGACAGAAUCUCUAACCGGAACCGACAAACCCACCAAGUCUCCGGUCCCAUUCUCCGCCGCUGCACUCCAUAUCAUUUCUCCUGCGGGCGUGUUUCUCUCUGCCCCUUCUUCCGAAAGCGUUUUUGCGUUUCUGUCCAUGUCUGGCUUUUUGGGAUAUAUUCACGCGACCCAGCAUUUCCACAGAGGUCAAGUAUUCGCCGCCUGUACCACGAUGAUCUCCACAGCGAUGUCCUUUAGUACUGCUACGAUCGUUCGGAGCAAUGGCGUAUUGGCUGGAAUACCGUUCCUUGUCGAAGCGCUUACCAUGUUCCUUGCUAUGUUCUCCGGGGGCAUCUCGGCUUCGCGGGUUACUUGGCUGGCCUCGGCCGUGGUUGGCGGUCUCCUGGUGGCCUUUGGCAUGGCGUAUCCGCAAGCCCUGGCAUAUUGGGAAUACUGCCACGGCCGCGACCCCCGCGACAGGAGACCCUGGUGCAAUCAGACACUCCCGUCCAUCUUCACCUUUGUCCAAUCUCAUUACUGGAACGUCGGUCUCUUUCGCUACUGGACCAUAUCGAAUCUCCCGCUGUUUCUCUUGGCCGCACCGACCCUCUCGAUCUUGAUCUACUCCGCCGUGGAUGUCCUACGGCGCCCUCAACUUGUUAUCCGAGACUCGACAGCAUCGUUGUCCACAACCGUAUCAACUGGCAAACGAGCGCUGUUGAGCCUGGCCCUGCCGCAACUCAUUCUCGCCGUGCUUGCACUCACGAGUUACCACGUACAAAUCAUCACGAGGCUGUCCUCUGGCUAUCCGCUGUGGUAUAUCUGGCUGGCGAUCAAGCUUCAGACGGAACCGAAGCGAGCUUCCGUGGUUAUUCGGUGGAUGGUCAUCUAUGCUUUGGUUCAAGCGGGACUUUAUGCAUCAUUUCUGCCUCCUGCCUAG